AUUUUUCACUAAAGAAAAUUAUUGCAUGAGGUGAAAGUUUUGAAAUAUGACAUAUAAUUUAUGUAAUCAAAGUUUGGUGAACUUAAACGACCAAAUUUAAAACAAUACAGUCAUAUUAAAUGUCGAGUGUAGAGUAUUAAAAAGUGCGCUACUGGUCUCACUCAAUAAAGAUGGCAGUCUGCAUCUACCAUGCGAAUGAGCAAGGGAGCCAUUGAAUCACGAAUUUUGGGAGUAUGAUGACUUUAUCGAACUGCAGAUGACCCUGCACAACUGGCCAAUUACUACGAGAUGAUUGGCCGACGGUGUGCACUCUUCGCCCUUGGCGGGCUUUUGAUUCUUGUGUUGACGGUGAACAUCUACUUUGUGCGAAUGAUCGUCGAAGAUUCCCCGGAAAAAUCAUAUUCGAAGAACUCACCCGUUGCGGACAUGAAAACUACAAAAGAACAACUCCUUUUAAAAGGCAGUGGAAAAUCGGAGAAUUUUCGAACUACGGUGAUACAAGACAUGGAGGAGAAAAUCAAAGCAGAGAUGCACACUUUACCUUCAAAAUAUUUCAAACAAAACUCCAGUUAUACCAUACUGCUCGACAGACUGCUUAUUGAGCUGAGGCCUAUGUUGAAUGUUAACGAUGAUAUAUGGAGUAUUCCAAAUAAUAAUUGGCCGGAUGCUCACCAUUUAAUACCAGCUGCUGCUCCCGAGUUAGGAACUAUUAUGGAUGCCCUGAGGACGGCAAAAAUAGCAAGGGCAGAUAAUGCUCCGCUGGGUACGCAACUAAAGCUUAUGCUUACUUUAGAACAUGGGGUAAAGGCCUUGUUCAAGCCGCAAUGGUACCCUAGAGAUGCAAUAAUUGAGGGACCCGUUUAUUAUGGAAAGGACAGGCAUAAUGCCGAGGUCGUAGCGUUUCACCUAUCUUCGCUACUUGCUCUAAGAAGAGUGCCUCUCGUCAUUAUUAGAAAAUUGAAACUCAGAGAAGAGGUGCGACCGCGAGCAACGCCGCAGCUCUCUGCAACUAUGUAUCAGGAAGGCAACGAUAGUUGUUUAUAUGGCGUAUGCCAUUACUGUUCGCCCUCGGAUCCCGUUUGCGGGAAUGACGAUAUUCUGGAAGGUGCUCUCAUACUUUGGCUGCCUUCCUACCUGAAACUGACCAAGCAUCGUCAUCCCUGGCAAAGAACUUACAAGCGGCACAAACUCGCCCUUUGGGAAACGGAUCGCAAGUUUUGUGAAAAGGUAAAGGAAUCGAAAACAUACUCACCGCAGUUGUCGAGUAAACUCCUAGAUAUAGUAGACACGGCUGUGUUCGAUUUUUUAAUGGACAACGGUGAUCGGCAUCACUAUGAGCUAACCCAAAGCAAUUUUCACAAUCCGGCUGUUUUGUUGAUCGACAAUGGCAAAAGUUUGGGAAACCCUGACGUUGACCAUUUCGAUAUACUCGCGCCACUGUAUCAAUGUUGCAUGAUACACAAGUCAACGUGGGAUCGCUUAAGAUUAUUGAGUGGAGGUUCUUUAAGUUCCUCUUUAAAAAGGCUGCUUGCACAUGAAGCUGAAGCUGCACGUGCUGCACCUCUGAUUACCGAAGCGCAUCUCAACGCAAUGGACAGAAGACUUCUUACAAUUUACUCAGUUGUAGAGUAUUGUCUAAAGGAGAAGAAAUACGCUUCUAACGUGAUCCUGGAUCACCGAUAGCUUAAGUUUUCAUCUUAAAAUGAACAUAAUAAAUGUUGUCUCUUUUACUAUUGACAAAUAUUUGGACGAGAUACAAAGUAAAUGAUGCAUCUGAACAAUGUGCAAAAAGAAACAAUGGUCAAUAUAGGGACAACAAUUUUCUGGAGAUUCUAAUGGAGUAAAUUGCUACCAUUGUACAAUAAUUUGUGCGUGCAAAGUAACGCUCAUGUUUGCCGCGCAAUUUUUGAUCUUUCAUUAUUAGCGAGGUGGCUUUUUUGCGUGCGGCAAACAUGAAUGUUACUAUAAUUUAUUGAAUCAUGUAAGAAAUGUAAUUGUGAUCGGUUUAGUUUUGUCUAAAGCCGAAGGACUGCGAUCGUUAAUUACUCAUGAUUGCGAUAUUAUGCCAUACAAUCUAAGUAUGGUACUUUACCAGUGUUUUAUAGAAUUUUUUUAUCAAAUUGUUAAUUUCCUAUUACUAGUCAAUUUAACGUUUGGCAGCUAAAAUCGAUAAUGGGGUUAACGAAGGAAGAUACUUUAUGCCGUACAAAAUACUAUAACCGCGUUAAGUGACUUUUUACCAGUAUGAAUUUUCGGCACCCUACAGUAGAUACGUAAUUAUAUUAAUAAGAUUAUUGCCUUCAUCGAGAAACUGUAUUACAUAAAUGUCAGUAACAAUUAAGUUCUACCGAAUAAAGCGCACAACUCUGGCAUGUUCUUU